AUGGGGAACGGGUGUUAUUCAUGUCUGACACCCGCGGUGAGGGAGGAGGCUGGCGGCGGGAGGGUGAAGCAGGGGAGUAGGCCGAGGGGGAAACAGACGAGGUCCAACCCUUUCGCCGAAGAUAUCGCCGCGGCCCAGUCGAUCCAGGUGCUGAAGGACGUCGUCCCUCUGCACCGCGGCGGCGUCGGCGUAGGGGACAAGUACGUGCUGGGGCGAGAGCUGGGGCGGGGGGAGUUCGGCAUCACCUACCUCUGCACCGACCGCGAGACCCGUGAGGCUCUCGCCUGCAAGUCCAUAUCCAAGCGCAAGCUCCGCACCGCCAUUGACGUGGAGGACGUACGCCGCGAGGUCGCCAUCAUGUCCGCCCUCCCCGACCAUCCCAACGUCGUGCGCCUCCGCGCGGCCUACGAGGACGCCGACGCCGUCCACCUCGUCAUGGAGCUCUGCGAGGGCGGGGAGCUCUUCGACCGCAUCGUCGCGCGGGGUCACUACUCGGAGCGCGCCGCCGCCGCCGUGUUGCGCACCGUUGCGGAGGUCGUCCGCACCUGCCAUGACCACGGCGUGAUGCACCGGGACCUCAAGCCCGAGAAUUUCCUCUACGCCAGCAAGAAGGAGAACUCCGCCCUCAAGGUCAUCGACUUUGGCCUCUCCGUCUUCUUCCGCCCCGGGGAGCGCUUCUCGGAGAUCGUCGGAAGCCCCUACUACAUGGCCCCGGAGGUGCUCCGGCGAAACUAUGGCCCCGAGGUCGACAUCUGGAGCGCCGGCGUCAUCCUGUACAUCUUGCUCUGCGGUGUUCCUCCCUUCUGGGCAGGUCAGAGCCGCCGCAACCGUCAUCUACCCCCCUCCGCUGAGAUCGCAAUUUUUCUCUGUGAUCUGAAGAUGGCCCACAAAGCAAUCUCUUUUCUUUCCUCUUGAUCCUUCUGAGCCUGAUCUGGUAAGCCGGGACGGCAGAGACCGAGCAGGGCAUUGCCCGGGCAAUCCUUCGCGGCGCCGUUGACUUCAGGCGGGAUCCAUGGCCCCAGGUUUCAAACAGCGCUAAGAACCUCGUCAAGCGGAUGCUCGAUCCAAAUCCAUUGCGCAGAUUAACAGCUCAGCAGGUCCUCGGUAAGUCCGGCUCUAUCUCUAUUAUUUGGUGAAAUUAAAUACCGAGAUUAUCAAUCCCAGGAUAGUAAAUAUUUCCCCAGAUGCAUUACUAAAAGUGGGUGCCGACCGACAGAUUAAACCACAUCAUCCUUGAGCUAGUUAGUCAACUCCGAUCGAUUUUCAAAGCUGGCAAAAAUGACAAACAUUUCUCCGAAGGGAUGUAAUUUUUCUCCUGGCUUGAAGAAAAGGCCAUCAAAAGUCGGUGUUUUUUAUCAGAAUCUUGAUGUAAUAAUUAAGUGCUCAGCAACCCAAAAAUGGCGGGCUCUGAAAACUGGCCUCAUGGACAUCGAUGAACUCAUUCAUCGACGAAGUAUGACAUGGGAUGAUGAAACUCUUAGCAGAUGGAUCUCGGAAAGAAAUGGAUCUGGGUUUCAAUCGGUCUUUCCUGGGUCGAACAGACUCUGCAUUGUAGACAGAAAAUUAUCAUGUAAUGAAAGACAGGAUUGGAGAUUUUGCCGUGAUUUUGAAAAUUCUUCUAUCGUGUGAUGCCUUACAAUUUCACCAUGGUUGAUGGGCUGUAUAUAUUUCCUGAUGAAAAGCCCAGAAGUUGAGGGUUCUGAGAUCAUGUUUUGGGGAUCGGGCUUUGUGUCUGGGGCCAAGAUCUGUCGAAAAAUAGGAAAAAAGACGUUAUUUUUACUAAUUUCUCAUCGGCUGAAUGAAUGGCAUAAGAUAGAUUUGGGCAUGCUCAACAGUAUUUUGAAUUGUUUUCCCAUUUUCUGUGCUUUCUGCAUCUACUUACUCGUUUUCUUUGCCCCUCGUCCUCAUCUGUAGAGCAUCCAUGGCUUCAAAACGCGAAGAAAGCGUCGAAUGUUCAUCUGGGUGACAUUGUGAGGGCCAGACUCAAACAGUUUUCCAUGAUGAAUAGAUUAAAAAAGAAAGCAAUGCGGGUUAGCUUCUCUUCUUCUUUCUCAUCGUAUCUCGUCGGAAGUUCUGCCAACUUUGCCACAUAUACAUGGGUAAUAUUUGUAUAUCUUACGUUUUUCCACCAGGUGAUCGCGGAGCACUUGUCUAUAGAAGAAGCGGAGGUCAUCAGAGAAAUGUUCAAGCUCAUGGACACCGACUGCAAUGGGAGGAUAACGUACGAUGAGCUGAAGACUGGUCUGCAGAAGGUCGGGUCUCAGCUGGGCGAGCCGGAGAUGAGGAUGCUGAUGGAAAGCGUAAGCCUGUUCUUCUCCUCUUUGGAUAGUCUGGCCAGCCAAACUUGUUGGAAACACGAUCUCCCUGGUUUCUGACGACCGCCCGGGAUUAUUCAGGCUGAUGUUGACGGAAACGGGGAAUUGGACUAUGGGGAGUUCGUCGCCAUCACCAUCCAUUUGCAGAGGAUAGAGAACGACGACCACUUGAGGAGAGCGUUCGUGUUCUUCGAUAAGGACGGCAGUGGGUACAUAGAAACUGAUGAACUGUCUGAAGCCCUAAUGGACGACUUGGGCCGGACAGACGCGGAGGUGGUGGACGACAUCCUGCGGGAGGUGGACACCGACAAGGUCUGUAUGAUUCUACGACUUCAGAGUUCCACAUCCAUAGCUGGGCACUCUCUAACGAAGCUCCUUCGAUGCUCCAGGAUGGUCGCAUCAGUUACGAGGAGUUCGUCACGAUGAUGAAGACCGGCACUGACUGGAGGAAAGCAUCUCGGCAGUAUUCAAGAGAGAGGUUUAAGAGCUUGAGCAUGAAUCUCAUGAAGGAGGGCACGCUGGGUUUUUAG